UGCGGGACAAUAGACAACUGUCUGUUUGAAUACUCUAAAUAGUGAAAUUAAAUUAUGAAACUUCAAAAAUAGCCUAAGCACAUUGAAAGAAUCCUCAAGGCUUUAUCUUUAUUUCCCACUGAAACGUCUAGCAUAUUUUCAGUGUUCUAUUCAAGUCUUGAAUCUUUCAUUUUUUUGUCCAAAUAGAAGUUGUUCAAGCGCGCUUCAGAAGUCUACACGUAAAAUCAAACAUCGUAUACAAACAAAAGCCAAUCAUGGGUAAUAGCGAUUUGUUGGAGAUAUCAGCGAGUGAGCUAGUGCACAUCCUUGGGACCCCAGCUGAGCUGUUCACCUCUGGCGGCUGUGUGGUGUUGGACUGCAGACCUUUCCUCGCCUAUUCAAGGGCUCACAUUCUCGAGUCUCGCAACGUUAACUGGAACUCAAUGCUCAGACGGAGAUCCAAAAGUUCGGCGGUGAGCCUGGAAUGGCUUGUGCCUGACAAGUCGCUGCUGGGUCGGCUGCGCAACGGAGAUUUCUCUCCAGUUGUGGUGCUGGAUGAAGGCAGCAGGUCGGUGUCCGAGUUGAAGAGUGAGAGUCUGGCGAGUUUGCUUCUCAGCGCGCUUCACUCAGAGGUCCAAGAUUACAGUACACAGAUCUGCUUUUUACAAGGCGGAUUUGACGGGUUCUUCGCCAUUUACCCGGAGCUGUGCUUUCAGUCCCCGGUCAUGCCCUUCAACCAUCCAGGAUUCGGCGACUCUGACAAGGUUAUCUCAGGAAGACGAACGCCUUUGUACGACCAGGAUGGGCCUGUCGAGAUCCUUCCCUUCCUCUACCUGGGCAGUGCCCACCACUCGUCACAGCGAGAGACGCUGGCGUCGCGUGGCAUCACUGCCGUGCUGAACGUGUCGUCCUCCUGUCCGAACCUCUUUGAGACGGAGCUCACCUACAAAACGCUGAGGGUGGAGGACAGCCUCGCCGCGGACAUACGCGUCUUCUUCCCUGAGGCCAUCCAGUUCAUCGACUCGGUGAAGGAGAGCGGUGGGCGUGUGCUGGUCCACUGCCAGGCGGGCAUCUCUCGCUCGGCCACCAUCUGCCUGGCCUACCUCAUCAACGCGCGCCGCGUCAGCCUGGACGAGGCCUUCGACUUCGUCAAGCGCCGCCGCCAGGUGAUCUCGCCCAACCUGGCCUUCAUGGGGCAGCUCCUGCAGUUCGAGACGGACGUCAACCAGACGGGGAUGCCCGUCCAGGUCCUCGGCCCUGAGCACUGAUUGGCUGGGCCCGUGGGGUUCCCUCCUACGAGACUUGACGAGCCACACAGUGAACUGUGGGUCUAAAAAACAGCAUCAGGGAAGGGAGGAGAGGGGCGGUCGGCCACCGAGACCUUGACGUCGCUGUGAGACACUCGAAAGCGUUCGACUUGAACUCAGUACAAAGCCAUAUUGUAAAACGAAAGACCACAACAUGGCGAUGCGAGGGGAGAAUUCGCGUCACCUCUGCUGCUCGAACACUGUGAGAGGGGGGCCCUGGCUGCCCACAUCUUAAACCUUCAGGUUCCUCGAGAUAAAAGGCUGCACACAUUUUUUUUCUUCGUAUUCUCAGUUCUCGCCUCGACACAGUCGUGGGUGGUGCUACAGGCCUCGACUAUUAGGGCAGGAAACGUGGGGGCACCAAAAAACGCUCGUUGGCCUCGCGCCUAAGACGAGACCGUGAGAAGGCAGCCAUGACACACAAAAUGACACCAGUACGGCUCCAGAAUCCAUCUUGACGGUAAACCCCACCUGGGUUCUCAAAACCGUCCCUUCGCCACACUUGAAUCAUUGUCCAGGCAGACCGAGGCACAGAGAGCAAACCUAGCUCAGAUCUGACAGGCGGAAUGUCUCCUGCAAUUAAAACUGUGAUCGCACACAUCAACGGUGUGUUGCUACGCCUAGUUUUGUCUGCUCAUUUAGGUCACAAACAAACUAACUAACAAACAUUGUGACCACCGCAGGGUUUUAGUGUGUUUCUAUGCAGUUGAUUGUGGAGAAGCUGUAUGCUUGUAUCCUCCUUAUACCACUGUGAGAUGCAGACUGCAGCCUUAGGGAACGAGUUUAUGUAUUGAGACCAGGCCAACUGUGACACCACAGACUAAAGUCUUAAAGAUUUCACACAUAAACAGCAAGCAAUAUGUUCACUUCAAACUUAAGCAUCAGUCCCUGACAGGUCAUACAGUCCAUCCAGUGAAUUGAAUUUUGUUCUCACACAGACAGAAGUCAUCUCAGUGUUACUUGUUUGUCAUGAAUUUUUUGUAUUUCAGUAUUUCUAUUUAUUUAUCUGUCAUUUUUUAUGUGUAAUUGCUCUGACAGUGGUUAUUUUAUGCCAGGACUGCACUUUAAAUGUACAUAAUUUUGGAGUAAUAUAUUUUGUUUACUUGCUGGUCAAUUUGUUUAUAAGCUAUGAUGUACAUACACUGUAAGUCUAAACAAUUCCUACAAGUUCUUUUCAAUUAUGAUAAAUGAAAAAAGAAAAAUUAUGACAAAAA